GAAGAUAAUGUACAUGAUAGGAAUUAGAAACCUGGAUCGGUUGACACACCUGAGACCUUUUCCAAAUAGGAAAAGGACACCAUCUCUAUCUUCCGUCUAUUUAAGUAAAAUCCAGAAAUUAUUCUUUCCGUAUCGUCUCUCCCGAAUCUUCUUCCUCCUCCUCACUUUCACCUAAUUCUCUGAAAACCCUAUAUUGGUCAUCACUGCACCCCCAAACCAAAACCCCAUCUCCAACCUCUCCAUGAUCUGCAGCACUCUGCAAACUAAGCUAGCUCUUUAGACACACAACUUUCCCGGUAAGUAUAUGUUUUAUAUACGUGAAGAAUGGAAUUCCGCUGCCGCAAACUUCUCGUCCUUUUAGUCCCUCCUCUCCAACCCUCUACAAAAACUGAUCCAUUAUCACCGCCACCAGUACCAGUGAAACACUCGUUUUCGUCGGAGGCUCCGUUACCGGAGCAGUACCAGUCGUCCCAGGUUCUCGUAGCACUCGCCGUUCUUGCCUUUGCAUUCUUCCUCAUGGUCUUCUUUUCAAUCAUUGUGAACCGCAUCUCCGACGAAUUUUCUCGUCGCUGGCAGCGCCGACGUCGCCCGGAAAGAACUUGGACCUUUUCUCCCCGCUCGGAUCUUCCAUCUUUGUCGAACCGGCCACCAGGAGUGGAGCCGGGGACGAUACAGGCUCUGCCGGUGUACUCUUACAGCAGCGCGACGGAGAAGUACGAGAUAAAGUAUUGCGCCAUCUGCCUGGGAGAGUUCGAGGAGAACGAGGUGGUGAAGGAGAUACCGUUUUGUAAGCACGUGUUUCAUCCCCACUGCAUCGACAGAUGGCUAUGUUCUCACGAGACUUGCCCGGUCUGCCGGUCCAUUCGGUUAUUCGAUGAAGAGGGUGUGAGCCAGAGCCACUCGGCGAUUACAAGAUCGACGGCCGGAAACGAAGACACGUGUGUAGAGGUGAUCAGAGUGGCGGCGGACAUGGAAUCACAUGGUUUUGGUUUGAGGAAUAGUAGCAGCUGUUCGAGUUUUGGGUCAGAACCAAUCAGCAUGUUGCCAAGAGCAUACAGUUUUUAAAUUUAGUUUUUUAGGGACAGUGUUUAAGAGGAUGGAAAAAUCUACCAUA